GGGCCCCCGAGCAACAGCAUGCAUGCAAAUCAAGGCUCGGGGUUAGCAAGGCCAAGGUGGUUUUGCUGAAACCUCCCACCAGCUUUUGCUUGAGGCUUCCCCCUUCCGUGCACAGCUUCGCUUCCCUGGGAUUUCCAAUCUUUGCAACGCUGCCGCGUUUCCCGGGGAAGGACUUGCUUGCAACACAAGCCGCGCGGUGCUUCCCGGGUCUAAGCAGCUGCAGCGGCGCCGAAAUGCACCAAGCCUUUCUUCGGGAAAUGAGCCCCGCACAACCUUCCCCCUUGCUAGCUGAGUGAGGGUCCGAAUGGAUCAGGCAGAGCCGGGUCUUGCAGAUGCGGCAGCUGCAGCGCCGGCUGGCUAUGAGCCCGCGGUGCCUGCUCGGCCCGGUUGCGUCUACACCGGCUGCUACUGGUAAGAAAGCAUGCAACACGGGGGGAGAGGAGGCGAUUGCUGCAAUGCUCCUAAUAGAAUAGGACAUAAGGACCACUUAAUUCUAGAGCAUCGCAGCUCUGGAGAGGAUCGCAGCAGCUGCUGCAACCUUUUCCAGAAUAUCGGGAGCUCUCCAAAAUAUUAGAAGCCCCUCCGAAGUUGAUUCCUGGAGAAUUGCUUCCGCAGAAAUCUUCCCCUUAACGCCAGUGCAGGAAGUUGAGACAGCUAGUGGCCGGAGGUUGUGGAAAUUGUAGUUGAUUGAUGCUGGCAUCUGUCUAUCUUGAGAGACAAAGGAGCACGCCUCUGGGGGUGAAGUCAAACUGCUGCAUUAAUAGCACCGAAAUUACCUCUCCAGAUGACAAGACCUUCCUUGCUGACAUAGGUUCACUCUCCUUGAGGUUACCUGAUCACUGCAUGAAAACACCCCACAUUUCAUUGGGAAGUUAUGAACUUCCAUCAGCAUUGUUGUCAUUUAGUCGUGUCCGACUCUUCGUGACCCCAUGGACCAGAGCACGCCAGGCACUCCUGUCUUCCACUGCCUCCCGCAGUUUGGUCAGACUCAUGCUGGUAGCUUCGAGAACACUGUCCAACCACCUCGUCCUCUGUCGUCCCCUUCUCCUUGUGCCCUCCAUCUUUCCCAACAUCAGGGUCUUUUCCAGGAGUCUUCUCUUCUCAUGAGGUGGCCAAAGUAUUGGAGCCUCAGCUUCAGGAUCUGUCCUUCCAGUGAGCACUCAGGGCUGAUUUCCUUCAGAAUGGAGAGGUUUGAUCUUCUUGCAGUCCAUGGGACUCUCAAGAGUCUCCUCCAGCACCAUGAUUCAAAAGCAUCAAUUCUUUGGCGAUCAGCCUUCUUUAUGGUCCAGCUCUCACCUCCAUACAUCACUACUGGGAAAACCAUAGCUUUUACCAUACGGACCUUUGUUGGCAAGGUGAUGUCUCUGCUUUUUAAGAUGCUAUCUAGGUUUGUCACUGCUUUUCUCCCAAGAAGCAGGUGUCCAUCAGCAUACCUGGGAUCAAAGGUGUGUGUUUGGAGUGGGCAUAGAUUCUGGGAGAAAUAAGAAGGGCUCCAGAAAAAAAUCUGCUGAUUACAUUAAACACAUGCUUUUAAAAGCGAUUGGAUCAAGCUUUUCAGAGUGGGACAUGAAAGUGGAAUGAGGAAUAAACCCUGUAAAGAAUGGGUGGGAAAUCCCAAGAACCCUGGGGCAAUUGUGGCUCUCGAUUGCCCUGAGGGGACAAUUGCUGUCCUCAGUCUGAUCCCUGAAACUCUCCCUCACUGCUCAUGCUUCUCAUCCCAAAUGUUUUGGCCUGGUCAGAAUGUUUCUUUGAACCCUGAUAGUGCAUCCUGCUUGCCUGAAUGGAGGAUAGAGGUGGGGGUUUAUAUGUGGAAACUAGCCUACUGUAUAAAAGAAAAUCUUACAUUCAUUGCUUAGACCACUUUUGCCUCUGUUUUUUUUUUAAUAACUUUUUAUUCAAAAUUAAAACAAAACAUAUUAUCCAGAAAUAUAUCAUCCUUAUUUCCCCCCCCAUUUUUCCUCCCUCCUCCUCCCUCCCCCCACAGAACCCACCCACUCCCACCCCCCCCGACUUCCCUCAGUUCCAGUCUUCCUCUAAAAAUGCUGUUUUCUGCAUGUUACACAGUUGUAUAGAUCCUCAAACUAUUUAGCUGAUUAUUAUCAAUAAAAAGUUUGUGAAUGUUUAUUCAAAGCCAGCCAAGGAGUCCAAUUCGCUUUGUUGCGUCUUCAAAUACUUUGUAAAGGGUUCCCAUUCAUCUUUAAAGUCACAGUUAUCCUUGUCCCGUAGCUUAUAUGUCAGUUUUGCCAGUUCUGUAUCGUCCAUCAAUUUUUCUUGCCAUGAUUCUUUAGUUGGGGUUUUUUCAGUAUUCCAUCCUUGUGCUAUUGAAACUCUCGCGGCUCUUGUCGCAUACACUUUUGCCUCUGAACCCAAACACCCCACUAGCAAGUGGACCUCAGAAUGUUGUCCGGAAGCGAGUGUGGGUCUCUCAGGCUGGGAAAGGUUCCCUAUUUAAAAAACAACAUAAAGUCAGUGAAUGCAUGCAAUAUUGAAAUUUUAUUACUGGGGAGAACGUGGAAUGGAAAUGUAGUAGGUUGUGUUUCUCUGUUUUCUCUGUUACAGUGAGGAAAAUGUGUGGAAGCUUUGUGAAUACAUCCGAAACCAGAAUCUAUACCCUUUAGAAGAAUUUUAUGCGGUUUUCAUUUCCAAUGACAGGAGGAUGGUGAGUUGUGGCAUUUUGAACUGAUUCUGAAAUGCGAAAUGACAUUUGCCACGGCAGCAUCAGAAGCUGGGUUCUAUGGAAUAUAUGUGAUAGCUUAAGUGGCUUAUUUGCUAUUGCAUGCAGAAUAGGAUCCUGGUAGUUGUUUUAGGUUGCAAUCCUAUACCUACUUCUCUUGGGGGUAAGCCUACCUGAAAUCAAGGGGACUUUCUUCUGAGUAGACAGGGUUUGAAAGACAAUGAAGAUCAGGCCCAUGACCAUUACUCCUGCCUCCUGUUUUCUUAGUGGCCAACCGGAUAGAAUCAUAGAAUUGUAGACUUGGAUGGGACCACAAGCCCUAUGCGGCCUAGGACCCACAUACCUAUGAGACCGCCUCUCCUGGUAUGCCCCGCGGAGGACCUUAAGGUCCACAAAUGACAACAUUUUGGAGGUCCCAAGUCACAAGGUGGUUAGGUUGGUCUCAACUAAGGCCAGGGCCUUUUCAGUACUGGCCCCGACUUGGUGGAACGCUCUAUCACAAGAGACUAGGGCCCUGCGGGACUUGACAUCUUUCCGCAGGGCCUGUAAGACAGAGCUGUUCCGCCUGGCCUUUGGUUUGGACUUGGACUUGGUUGUUGGGAUACUGCCAGGGAGACAAAGGCCAUCAUGCCUCCACGUCAAUUCCAGACGAUCCAUCGAUCUCCCGUAGAUACAGUAUCAGUCAAUUAGCUACACGAGCCUCAGAAAUACAGUGGUGCCUCGCAAGACGAAAUUAAUCCGUUCCGCGAGUCUCUUCGUCUUGCGAAGCACGGCUAUUAGCGGCUUAGCGGCUAUUAACGGCUUAGCGGCUUUAAGAAAAAGGAAACAAACUCUCAAGAACUCGCAAGACCAUAGGGAAAUUCGUCUUGCGGAACGACUCAAAAAACGCAAAACCCUUUCGUCUAGCGAGUUUUUCGUCUUGCGAGGCAUUCGUCUUGCGGGGCACCACUGUAGCUUGCCACAAUCCAGGGCUCGUGCACGCCCUUUCAGCAGAGUUCGCACAACAAAAGAUGCACCCAGGAGAGCAUUAUUUACAACUUUAUUCAGCGUUGGUCAGAACAAAGGAAAAACAUGACUGCCUGCCUGCGUGUCGAGGCACAGAGAGAGACAACAACAGCUAUAUACAAAAAACAGAAACAUCCUGUGAACAGGAAAUACGCAGACUGUGACACAACAACCUGCUCCCUUUUUAAGGUGGAACGGAAAUAUCCUAACAUCCCUCCCCUUAUGGUUUUGACUUUUAAAAUGAGGCUGAAUUUUAAAUUGCAUUUUAACCCGUAUUUUAAAUUGUUUCUUUCUCUCCCCCCACCCCAUUAUGUUUUUACUGAAAUUUUAUUGGUGUUAGCCACCCUGAGCCCGGCUCUGGCCGGGGAGGGCGGGGUAUGAAUUUUUAUUAUUAUUAUUAUUAUCAUCAUUAUUAUUAUUAUCAUCUAGUCCAACCCCCUGGAAUGCACGUAUCUCAGCUAAAGCACCUAUGACAGAUGCAAACAGGAUCUGAACGGAAUAGCAUUCUCCAGACCUGUGGGUUUCCCAGCAACUGGUAUUCGGGAGCAUUUAUGCCAUGAAAACAGAAUACAUCCAUCAGGAUUAGUAGGCAUGGAUAGCCUUAUCCUUCAUGAAUUUGUCCAGUUCUCUUUUUAAAGCCACCCAAGUUGGUAUCAAUCGCUCCCAUCUUGUGGGAGCAACAGUUCACCUAUGCGCCCUAUGUUCAAACCAAGUCAGUGUUUUAGUUGAUAUUGACUAUGAUUUGUUCAGGUCAGCCAGUUUCAGAGCAUGGAUGAUGAAACCAGCUUGCUUGAACGUACAAACCGCAGUUUAGGGUUUUGGACAACAUGCUAAAAUGAGCUCAAUCUAAGUGGGAGCAGAAAAUUUUAGAAGACAUCUGAAGGCAGCCCUGUUUAGGGAAGCUUUUAAUGUUUAAUAGGUUACUUUAUUUUAGUGUUCUGUUGGAAGCCGCCCAGAGUGGCUGGGGAAACCCAGCCGGAUGGGCGGGGUAUAAAUAAAUUAUGAUAUUAUUAGCUUUCGAUCGGCUCAUCACGGCCACCCCAGAGGUGGAGAGGGGAGGGCGUGAGUCUGAGGUUCGCCGCGAAAUGCUAAACUUGAAAUGGCUAAACUACGUUCCUGUUAGGAGCAAAUCUUCCAUGGGUCUUCAAGAGCUUUUCAGGCACUCGGCAUGGGGAUAUUUGGGUCUCAUCCUGUAUUCCGAUGAAAAAAAAUCUUAGCUGCAUCAGAUAAUAUUUUUUUAAAGCCUAACUCAAUGGCAAUCUGAACUCUUUUAUGUUGGUUUACUGUACUGAAAUGCAGUCACCUGUUCUCUGUAAUCCACAGGUGCCCCUUUGGGAGCAGCAAGCAGGCAUGGUUGGUCAACCUGUGAUUUGGGUGAGGAAAUUCAGAGCUUCCUUUCUUAGUUUAAUGUUACAAUUGCCCCUUCCACUGUUGCUGGAAAUGGAGUUUUGAAGGAGUUUCCCCCCUGUGUAAGCCUGACCUAAGAAGGACAAAUGUCCCUUCUCAUAUGCUGUUUUUGUACCAUUUACCUCGGUAAAGUAUUACCUGUUUCUUCUCUCUCUCUGGACUCCGUCUGCUUUAUCCUGGUCCCUCUGCUAACGACUGUUACUGCUACUUUUAUUUUCUUUUUAAAUGCACCCAUUGCGUUAAAAAAAGGUGUCGCUCUAGAGAAAGUGAAUUCUGUGAGCCCAUUUCAACCUCCCUGCAUAACCCACAGUUAAAAAGCUGUAGAUAUGUCUAGAUUUUACCCAGUAUUAGGCUAGAGGCCUGUUUUAAAGCACUUAAUUCUAAUGCAAUUCGCCCAGUCUAAAGAUGGCUGCUCCUCAUUCAAAUAUGUGACAUGCGCUAGGCCAGUCAAUGAAAUAUAGCCUUGCCAGGAAUUUAAAUAUAUGUCUUGUGUGUCCAUGUCCAACACACAAACCAAUGUAGUAUGAUAUGAGCCAGAGGUGGGAAACUUGUGGACCUUCGGAUGUUGCUAAGACUACAACUCCCAUCAUGCCUGGCCAUAGCUGGGACUGAUGGGAGCUGGAGUUCAACAGCGUCCGGUAAUAUUUCUAGGUAAAUGUAUAUUCUGACACCACUGGGUGGUAUUCAAUAGCUGAGAUUCCUGCAUUGCAGGGGGUUGGAAUGGAUGACCCUUGGAGUCCCUUCUGACUACUGCCUUUCAUCCUAACCUACCUGUCAGGGUUGUUGUGAGGAUAAAAUGAAGAGAGGGAGAAGGUAAAGGACUCCUGGACGGUUAAGUCCAGUCAAAGGUGACUAUGGGGUUGCGGCGCUCAUCUCGCUUUUCAGGCCGAGGGAGCCGGUGUUUGUCCACAGCCAGCUUUCUGGGUCAUGUGGCCAGCAUGACUAAAAACUGCUGACCAUGACGAGGGCCAGAGCGCACGGAAACGCCGUUUACCUUCCUGCCACAGUGGUACCUAUUUAUCUACUUGUGCUGGUAUGCUUUCGAACUGCUAGGUUGGCAGAAGCUCACCCCGUCAUGCGGCUUCGAACCGCCGACCUUCCAAUUGGCAAACCCAAGAGGCUCGGUGGUUUAGACCACAGGGCUCAAAGUGUGUACUACACCAACUCGAUUUCUUGGAGGGGAAAAAAUGCAAUAAGUUUUUUUUUUUCAUAUAAAAAAUAUUUUUAAAAAAUUUGAUUGUAUAUGUUUUUGAAUUGUUUUAUUCCUAGAUGAAGACUUCUCUCAGCCAUUUGUCACAGAUUCUUACAGUUAAGAAGUUGUAAUACUGUCUACUUACAGGACUAUCAUGUUGUUUUGCUUCAUGUGGCCAGCGGAGACCAGAAUUUCAUUUACGACCUCGAUACUUUGCUGCCUUUCCCUUGCCCCAUCGACACCUAUAUUGAAAAGGCUUUUAAAUCAGACAGCGUUAUUCAUCCAGAAUUUCAAAGGUGAGGGCAGACAUUGCCUGUGCAACUGUAGUAACAACCAAGAUUUUGGCCUACUCAAAACUGGCAUGGCACGUUACAGGUUUAGUUGGCCUCUGCUGAACUUCUGCACUUUGUAUUUCAGGCAGUAUCAUACCACUCUAAAUCAUCAUGGCUUCCCCCCCAAAAAACCCUGGGAACUAGUCUGUUAAGGGUGUCCAUGGUUAUUAGGCACCCCCUAUUCUCCUCCCGAUCCUACAGUUCCCAGGUUUUUAACAGCCUCUUCUCAGGGAACUCUGGGAAUUAUAGCUCUGUGGAGAGAACAGGGGGUCUCCUAACAACUGUCAGCUCCCUUAGCAAACUACAGUUUGCAUAAAUGCUAUACAGGUAAGUGGAAUUGUCAUAAAGUGUUUUUGUUUUUCCUCUUUUUAUAUUUCUGUUCAUCAUUUUUGUAGAUUGUGGAUGUAAACAAUUUGGUGGCAAAGGAAGAAUGGGAUACCUUCCAUAACCAUAAAGCAGGCAUAGGCGAACUCCGGCCCUCCAGAUGUUUGGGACUACAGUUCCCAUCAUCCCUGACCACUGGUCCUGUUAGCUAGGGAUAAUGGGAAUUGUAGUCCCAAACAUCUGGAGGGCUGGAGUUUGCCUAUGCCUACCAUAAAACAUUCUAAGGCACCAACAGAUUUAGAUGCUCCUGUUUUGACAGUAAAAUAAAAUAAUAAUAAUAUAUUAUUUAUACCCCACCCACUGUGGGCAGCUUCAAACACGAUAUUAAAAGCAUGAUAAAACAUCAAACAUUAAAAACUUCCCUAAACAGGUCUGCCUUCAGAUGUCUUCUAAAAGUCAGGUAGUUGUUUAUUUCCUUGACAUCUGAUGGGAGGGCGUUCGACAGGGUGAGCGCCACUACUGAGAAGGCCCUCUGCCUGGUUCCCUGUAACUUGGCUUGUCACAGGGAGGGAACCUCCAGAAGGCCCUUGGAGGUGGACUUCAGUGUCCGGGCUGAACGGUGUGAGUGGAGAUGCUCCUUCAGGAACUAUACAAUGAUAAAGCAGGCUUUUGCCUACAAAAACAUUUGCAGCAGUUCACUUGUUAGUCUUUUAAAGUGCCACCGAGAGAGAGUCUCAUGGUUUCUUUUGCUUCCAGGUCAAUUCUAUGAUUUCUACUUGGACGUAAGCCCAACAGUGAUCAGUGGGGCUUUAUUCUCAUAUAGGGCUCUGCGGCCCUAGGGUGCACUCCCUUAACCUGAAAGUUAAGCCCCAUUGCAUUGCGAUUUAAACCAUACUUCAAAAAUGUAAUUUGCGUGUUUAAAGUGGAUUUCCUUUUAAAACAGUUCACGGUUAACUACAUUUGAGGAGUUUGAUGCCUAACGAUCCAUGUUUGGUCCAGCUGUAGCUGAAAAUACUAGGAGCAGAGUCAGCCCUGAUGUUUCCAUUGCGGACUAUGCAAUCCCCGUCACAUAAGUGUUUGGCUUGUUUAGAAAAGUCCGAUUGGUUCGAGCCGACGUGUACCUGAAGACGUUUGCUUCUGACCGAUCCCACAUGAAAGAUGCCAGCGGGAACUGGCAAAAGCCGCCUCCAUUAUACCCGUGCAUCGAGACCGCAGGUAAGAAGUUGUUUUAGACACCCGCUACAUCUGCUGUCUUAACAUUCCCUUUGCAGGCUCAAAGCAUUUCAUACAUUUGACAGCAUGGACGCAUCUGCAUUACACAGCCAAAGCAGUAUCACACCAGUUUAAACAGUCCUGGCUCCCACCAAAGUAUCCUGAGAACCGUAGUCUUAGACACUGUUAGGACACUCUCAGUCCCGUUUGUUGUUGUUGUUUAGUUGUGUCCAGCUCUUCGUGACCCCAUGGACCAGAAAACAAAUGGACAGUGCUACUUAAAACUGCUUUCAGAUGGAGCCAUACUUUGAGGGGGAUUUUAUAUUGAGAUAGGGGUGAUUAUUAAGAUAUGCCAUAAAGUUCCAUGAAAUACCCCUGCAAAAUCUUCCAAGAGCUCUUCGGUUUCCUGCCGCACGUAGAGAUGAUUGAGUUUUCCCAUGGCUGCAACAUGUACAACCUUUUUUGAGUCAGUUAUUGCUGAAAUUUCCCUCUUAAGUCUUCCCUUCUUUUUAACAGCCCACCCUCUUUGCCUCCAGAUUUGCUGGUUUAAGCCUGUCCAGAACAUAGACCCGAUGCCUGCCGGCGCACCUGUCCGUGUCUACCUCUAGACCAUUGGUCAUACCUAGCUCAGCAUGGCAGUGUCUCUCCAGGUGUGCAGACAAGGGUCUUGAGCGUGGACAGAUGCUCUUGUCAGAUGCCGAAUUGCCUAGAGGUGUUUUAGGGGUCUGUUUAGGAACCUCCACCACUCAAAUAUACUAUUUAUUUAUUUAUUUUUUAAAUCAUUUUUAUUGGUUUUACAAAUACAGAGUACAAAUAAACACAAACUAGUAAAGAUAUAUCUGUAUAAAGAGAUUCUCUGAAUCUCGGGACCCCCCCCCCCCCAAAAUGGGGUCUCAUUUUAAGAAUCUGCAACUGCAUAUUCAUAUAUAACUCCAAUUUUUAUAUCAAACCAUAUUGUCCAUUGUAUUUUUUUAUACUACAAGUGAGUCAAAAUCCUGCUCUUGUUUCCAUCUGCUUACACUGGUCUCCUAGAUAGCUUAUAAGUUUUUCCCAUUCUUUUAUUAAGUUUUUACCCUCUUGGUUCCUGAGUUUUCCUGUCAGCUUUGCCAUCUCGGCAUAGUCCAUCAUCUUAGUUUGCCAUUCUUCUCUGCUAGGGACUUUAUCUUCUUUUCAACUCUGAGCUAAUAACACCUGGGUAGCUGUUGUUCCAGACAUAAAAAAGUCUUUUCUGCUCCUUUGGUAGAUCGGUACCUGUAAUUACUAAUAAAAAGGCUUCAGGUUUCUUAACAAAAGUUAUUUUCAACAUUUUUUUCCCCAUUUCAUUAUGUAUCAUCUCCCAGACAACUUUCUGGGACACUCAAAUGUACUCUUGACAUCAUUGGUGUUGACCUUUAAAGCCCUAAAUGGCCUCAGUCCAGUAUACCUGAAGGAGCGUCUCCACCUCCAUCGUUCUGCCUGGACGCUGAGGUCCAGCGCUGAGGGCCUUCUGGCGGUUCCCUCCUGAGAGAAACAAAGCUACAGGGAACCAGGCAGAGGGCCUUCUCAGUAGUGGCGCCCGCCCUGUGGAAUGCCCUCCCAUCAGAUGUCAAAGAGAUAAACAACUACCUGACAUUUAGAAGCCAUCUGAAGGCAGCCCUGGAAGUUUUUAAUGUGUGACAUUUUGAUGUAUUUUUAAUCUUUGUUGGAAGCCGCCCAGAGUGGCUGGGGAAACCCAUUCAGAUGGGCAGGGCACUAAUAAUAAUAAUAAUAAUAAUAAUAAUAAUAAUUUAUUUCUCUCUCUCUCUCUUUUUUGAAAAAAAAGACUUCAAGAUGAACCUGGAUGACUUCAUCAGUAUGAAUCCAGAUGUUGGAUGGGGAUCUGUGCUGUCUCUCCCUGAAUUUGUGCAAGGGUUCGGCAGCCAGAACUGAUUUUUGACUCACGGCGAAGAAAUCCUUUUGAUGAGCGCCAUUCCUAUUUAUUGUAUUCAGAUGUUUAAAGUUGGACUAAUCGUACUGGUUGCAUUUAGGCGGGGGGGAAUAAAAGAAAAUGUACUGAAUGGAAUAAAACCUUUUUUUUAAAAAAUAAAA